AUGGCUGCAAAUCCCGUUGCUAUUCAUAAGAAAAGAGGCUACUCAGAAAACCAAAAAAAAGACAAACUCAGAUGCAUGCUGAACUGUGCACUUCUCAAGGAAUGCUAUAAAGUCCUUUCAGAAAGGAUAUUUAGCUCCAGAGAAGCAGAGAAAGUUAUUGGAAGUAUCAUGCCACACAAAUGGGAGAACGAUAGGAAAAAGAGCAGCAUCACCAGCUCUCUGAAGAUGGAUCGCAAAGGCAACGCUGGGAACAGGAAAUCAAGAAAGUUUCGCUCUAUUUCAAGAUCACUUAUACUUUGCAAUGCCAAAAACAGUGAUGAUGGGUCAAGUCCAGAUGAGAAAUGCCCCGAUUCCUUUGAGAUUUCUACCAACUGGGGCCAAGAGGAUUUUGACUGCUGUUCUAGAACGCAACUGCCAUGCACAUCAGAAACAGAAGACAGCCCACCUGAUCCUCCACGCGUGAUCACCAGCAUGGUCCACUGCAAAGCUGCAGCAAAUGAAAACUGCAACAACGUGAGAAGAAAGUUAUUCGUCAAGGACAGCUGCAUUUGCAGGCUGUGCACAUCCGCAGGGAACUGCAACCCAGGAAUGAAGCUCUCCAGGAGUCCAAACGCGACGUCUCCCCGCAAGGGGUUCACGGGCAGCCAGGAGACCGUGGGACGCACAGCAAACAGGGAUGGUCAUCAAAGCCCAAGGGAUGAACUCUUAACACUAAAUGGACAAUCACUUAAUAAUCUGCCCAGCAGAGAGGCUGAAUCUCUCUCUCAGUCAACGACACGUCUGGAAACAUCAUCCUGUAAAGAAAGGCUGCUUGAAAUGCAAAAUGGUUGUUUCCUGCACAGUAAAGCCACCUGUCAACGGACUCGCAGUAACUCAACCAGUGUGAACCCGUGCUGGAGAGGGGAUGUGGACGGCGCGGUGCCGCAUGGAGCUGGGCCUCUCCGGGACCGGCAGCCAUCAGCACUUGCCACCGCCAGGAAGUCGCUCUCCCAGCAGCUCGAUUGCGCCGGAGGCCGCACCUCAGCUAUAUCAAGGUCGUCCAGAUCGCUAAGUACAGCACAGCUAAUGCAGGCAUCUUGUGGCUCACAGGCUUCUAUGAUCUCAAACAUCGUACUGAUGAAAGGACAAGGGAAGGGUUUAGGCUUCAGCAUUGUUGGGGGAAAAGACAGCAUUUAUGGGCCAAUAGGCAUUUAUGUCAAAACCAUCUUUCCUGGUGGAGCUGCUGCUGCUGAUGGAAGGCUACAAGAAGGUGAUGAAAUCCUGGAACUGAACGGAGAAUCCAUGCAUGGAUUAACACAUUAUGAUGCUUUACAAAAAUUCAAGGCCAAGAAGGGUCUUCUCACACUUACAGUCAGGACAAGCUUUAGCCCUCCUCAUUCUGCUUCCAGUUAUCUAUCGCCCCACUUGUGUCAGUCACUGAGCUCUAGUACAUGUAUAACCAAAGAAAAUAGCUCUUUCAGUUCAGAGAGCACAAUGUUCUCAUUAAAUGCUACAAAGCCCAAUGACAGAGUCAUAAUGGAAGUUACCCUAAACAAAGAGGCAGGUGUCGGUCUUGGAAUUGGAUUGUGCAGCAUCCCAUAUUUCCAGUAUAUUUCAGGAAUUUUUAUUCAUACCCUCUCACCAGGCUCUGUGGCACAUAUGGAUGGAAGACUCAGGUGUGGAGAUGAAAUAAUUGAAAUUAAUGAAUCAUCAGUACAAAAUAUGACUCUUAAUGAAGUUUAUGCUGUGCUAAGCCAUUGCAGUCCUGGUGCAGUACAGAUUAUUAUUAGCAGACACCCAGAACCACAGGUGUCUGAGCAACAGCUAAAAGAAGCUGUGGCCCAAGCUGUGGAAAACAACAGAUUUGGAAGGGAGAGGCACCAAUGGAGUACGGAAGGUGUCAAAAAACUAGAGACAAGCUGGCAUGGAAGACAUCCAUGUGAAAAGCAUAUUGAAAGGAAUGCUGCUUAUUGCAGCCGCCGGACACAGAAGAUAAUGACUCGCUCCAGCAGUGACAGCAGCUACAACCCUCGGUCAUCUUGUAGUAAUGGUGCUGCUUACCCGCUGCCUGACUUGAAGGCAAGGGUACAUAGUAUUGAUGUGCCCAUUACCAGACAACCCGGCCUGUUGCACUCAUUUUCUGGAAACAACCUGGAGAACAAUUCCCCACCUAGCCCUAGUCAAGGAGGUCGACUCCCACAAAACACUAAGAAAUCAACAGAGAUCCUUGUUAGGAAACCUAGAUCAUCAAAGCCAAAACCUCCACCAAGGAAGUAUUUUAAGCAGGACUGUACAGGUAACGACCAGUGCAAUGCAGACAGGAAAGAAAAGCUUGUUUCAGAACUGGCUCUAUCACCUCCUGCAAAUGUUCAGGUAAAGCAAAACACUUCUGAAGAAUAAAAAACUGUUAUAACCCACAGUGUCUUUACCACUUCUCCUACAGCAGAUGAUACUGAACACGUAGCUGCUGUUGCAGGGGACAGAGAUCAGGAAAGAAAACCAAACCUAGGGAAUCCUCUUUCAUCAAUACAACGGCCUAUACUCAAAAGACAAGCACGAGUAGAUUACAGUCUUGAUACAACAACAGAAGACCCUUGGGUUAGAAUUUCUGACUGCAUCAAAAGCUUAUUUAGUCCCACCAUGAGUGAAGACAAUGGACACAUAGAUCUGCAACCUGGCAUCAACACAAAUGAAGCAAAUCAUGCUCAAAGCUGCUCAGAGGCAAUUCUGCAGAAAUCAGAGUCAGAACUAGUCAGUUCAAAAGGACCAAAAUCAGAUGUAAAUGAUGCUGUGAAAAAGGGUCCUCCGGUUGCUCCCAAGCCAGCCUGGUUUCGCCAAAGUCUGAAAGGACUGAGGAAAGCAAGUUCAGAUCAAAAAUCCCAAGCAGACCAAAGUUGUACUGAACUCCAGAGUAUGUCCAGCAAAGAACUGCACUCCAGCUUAUCCCGUGUCUCUUCUAGGGGAUCAUCGAUAAAACAAAGAAUAAGCUCAUUUGAAUCCUUGAGUGCUCCUCAGUCGCCUGAAAAAGUUCACCGAAGGAUCAGCCCCAAACCAUCCCUUCAAAAGGAACACUCUCCCAAUGCAAAAGGGUGGGGAGAGGCUCCAACCCAAUUAACCCAAAACUCUUUCCAAUGCUCUGAAAAUAGCCAACAGCAGGCGAAGUCACCAGUGGACCUGGAGACAAAGAGCCUAGAGAGAUCUCCCCCUUCCAAGGAGGCUCCAGCUAGUGCAGCUAGCUCAGAGAAAAGCAUCAAUUCCAACUCUGAAAAUUCACUGGGUCUCCUAACUGCAGAAGCCAUGGCACCUUCCCGUCUGGUAUCAGCAACCAAAGCUCAGAGCCUAAGAUCACGAAGCUUCCCACUUACUGCUACCCAGUCUUGUGAGAUCAUGAAGACAUACGAUGAAAAAUACAGCAAAAUCUACUCCAUCAGUAGCCAGGUGUCAUCGGCUCUAAUGAAGUCCUUGCUUUGCCUUCCUCAGUCACCAGUCCCUGCUGGAAACAAUGCCUGGGAAGCUCUGGAUACCUUGUCUCAGUCCUCUGUGGAAGAGGAUGGGACUUCUCUCUCACCCAUGAGUGAGACUCAUCAGUUGGAUACUGGAUUUUCUCUAAACCUCUCUGAGCUGAGAGAAUACACCGUGAGCUUAGCAGACAAUGAGAAAGAGGAAGAGAAACAGGAACACGGCUCACCUCAGGCUUCCGGUGCAGCUGGGCAGUCUGUCAUCUCUCUCCUUUCUCCUGAAGAGUUAGCAAAGCUUAUAGAGGAAGUCAAAUCUCUAGAUGAGGCAACCUUAAAGGAAUUUGAUGACAUUCACGUUACAAUUCUGCAUAAAGAAGAGGACACUGGGCUUGGAUUCAGCCUGGCAGGAGGAAUUGAUCUAGAAAACAAAGUGGUAACAGUUCACAAAGUGUUUCCUAAUGGACUAGCAUCUCAGGAAGGAACUAUUCAGAAAGGAGAUGAAGUAUUAUCCAUUAAUGGAAAGUCUCUGAAAGGUGCCACUCACAGCGAUGCCUCAGCAAUCAUGCGACAGGCCCGGCAGCCCAGGCAAGCUGUUGUCGUCACUAGAAAAGCUAAAGAUGGAGAGAAAAGUCUUAAUGUUUCAAUAGAUUCUAGUACAUCUUCAGUAGCAAGUGAUGUCUCACAAGAGUCUGCAACUGAAAAUACAAUCUGCACUGUAACUCUAGAAAAAACACCUGCUGGUUUGGGAUUCAGUUUGGAAGGAGGGAAGGGCUCUAUUCAUGGCGAUAAACCCAUUGUCAUCAACAGGAUAUUUAAAGGGAUUUCAUCAGAACAAAACAGCCCUGUUCAGCCUGGUGAUGAGCUAUUACAAGUGCACACAACUGCUAUGCAAGGACUCACCCGUUUUGAAGCAUGGAAUAUAAUCAAGGCAUUACCCGAUGGGCCCAUCACAGCUAUCAUCAAGAGGAAGAAUCUGAGCUCUGUUACCAUCAAGUCAUCCAAAACUUUGUAAGUAGAGGAAUUGGACUACCACCAAUAUUACAAACAAA